AUGGCACAUGCUCUUGAUUCAUUCCAGGGGGAAAUUAUUUACCCCACUCAUUCUCGAGGCUCCAGUAGUGACAUCAGCACUGCUAACCGUCUCCUACUGAGCAAGCAGAACCGCAUGGUGAAUGGGAACCACCGAGGCAUCCGCACUUCAUCCCCCAUGGGAAGAGUUAUCCUCAUCAAUUCACCUCUUGAAGCUAACAGUGAUGAGAGCGACGCCAUCAAUACCAUUACGGUAGAAAAGAGUGCAGGUGGGAAGCUGGGCUUCAGCAUACGUGGGGGUUCGGAACAUGGCCUGGGUAUCUUCGUCAGUAAGGUGGAGGAAGGCAGCAGUGCAGAACUGGCUGGACUGUGUGUUGGAGAUAAAAUCACAGAGGUGAAUAGUGUGAGCUUGGAGAACAUUACAAUGGGGAGUGCAGUGAAAGUCCUGACCGGGAACAACCGGCUGCGGAUGGUCGUGAGACGCAUGGGCAAGGUGCCAGGGAUAAAGUUCUCCAAAGAAAAGACCACAUGGGUUGAUGUGGUAAACAGACGGUUGGUUGUGGAGAAGAGUGGCUCAACUCCAUCAGACACCAGCUCUGAGAUUGGCAGACGGCGGAUUGUCCACCUUUACACCACGUCUGAUGACUAUUGCUUGGGUUUCAACAUUCGUGGGGGAAAGGAGUAUGGCCUUGGCAUCUAUGUCUCCAAAGUGGAUCCUGGCGGGCUGGCUGAGCAAAAUGGAAUCAAGGUCGGUGACCAAGUCCUUGCAGCCAACGGAGUCAAGUUUAAUGACAUCAGCCAUAGCAAGGCAGUGGAAGUGCUAAAGGGGUACACCCACAUCAUGCUGACCAUCAAGGAGACAGGGAGGUUCCCGGCAUACAAGGAAAUGGUGGCUGAGUACUGCUGGCUCAACAGAUUAACCAAUGGCCAGUUGCAGCAGCUGUCACAGACCUCAGAAUCCAGCUCGUCUGUUUCAUCCUAUUCCUCAGGGACUCCCUUCAGCUCUGUGAAUGGUCUACACAUGCCCCCAGUCUCCAGUUCAGCUCCAAGCUGCAUGGUGGAUGUUGGCAUCUCAACUGAGGAGCUGCCACUCCGGAGCCGCUGCCUUGAGAGGGCAGAGACAGCCAUGCAGACUGACCCGCCAGUUGAUGGGGCCUCCUUGUCAGGGAGCCUGAUCACUGAAACUCGCCGGAUUGUGCGGCCCAUGGAGAUCUUAAAGGACACAGCUAUCCGCUCUGACAGCCUCAAAGAUUCCUUCCACUUGAGGAAGCACCGGCCCUUCGCCAGCAAGGAAACAACAGACCCUUCUCCCAAAACUGCACUGCUUCUAGCACUCAGCCGUCCCCGACAGCCCAUCAAGAGAUCACAGAGCUACCUGACAGUCUGUGAGGAGAAACGCCAGAGGAAGAAAGAGAAACCAGCAUCUUCAGAGAAGAAAGUCACACUCCAGCGCUCCAAAACCCUCAUGAACUUGUUCUUCAAGGGAACCCGAUCUGGAAAGCCAAGCUCAGCAGCUGGGUCACCAGAAGCACCAAGGCGAUCCAAGUCCCCAGCACGUUCUGAGGGGGAGAAAGAUAAAGGCCGUGCUUUAAUCUCCCUGGGUUUGAGGGAUUCAGCGUUAUCAUCCCCUCAGCAGAAUGGCAGCGAGCACAGCACAGGCCCUGAGAGCCACCUGAUGCUCAUUGAGGACAUGGCCCGGAAGCUGCUGAUGGAAGAUGAAGUGGCAGCUGUGCUGAGGCACUGCACCCGGUACAUCCAUGAAGGAGGGAUAGAAGAUCUGGUGAGGCCACUGCUGGCGAUUCUUGACCGGCCUGAGAAAUUGCUGCUUAUCCGAGAUAUUAGGAGUGUGAUUUCCCCUACGGAUCUGGGCCGUUUUGACAGCAUGGUUAUCCCCAUGGAGCUGGAAGCCUAUGACACGCUGAAGAGCAGAACAGCAAGGUCACCUGCUCUGCGACCAGCACAGCAUGAAACACCUCCCAAGAGACAUCUUAUCACUCCAGUGCCUGAUUUCAAGGGUGGUUUCCUUCUGAAGCCAGUGACUAAUGAAGAAGAGGCAGUAGAACUGAAUGAUGGGAUGAAAAGACUGCAGCUCUCUCCCAGUCCCAGACGAACUCGCCCUCGAAGCUACACCCCUCUUCCUGAUGUGCCAGUGGAUGCCUACACUUCUCCCAAUGACCUCUCCUCAGCUGCCGGCAGCAAGCAUCCCAACUGGCUGCUAACCAAGACCACAGAAAUGUCAAUGAACUCCAUAGCAUCCUCCAAGGAAGUGUCAGAGCAGGGAGAUGGACGGCCAGGCCGCAGGAGGCCUCGUACACCAAAGUCGAGUCAUGGCAAAGCCACACUGCGGGGGCCACAUGGGGAAGUCCAGCCUGCCAAGGAUACCCUGUACUCUGUGAUUAACAGACCACGCAAAGCCAGGCCCCUGCUCUCUCAUCUCUUCAGGGAAAUCCAAACUACUAGCAAGGGGGUCCAAGCAGAGACGGGAGAUGGAGUCCCAGAUGGUCUGGUCCAAAACGGUACCAGUGAUGUUGUGGAGGAAUAUGAGCUGCUCACUGUCCGUCUGCCCAAGAACAAGCAGUCUCUGGGGAUCAGCAUUUCAGGUGGAAUCGAGUCCAAAGUGCAGCCGAUGGUGAAGAUUGAGAAGAUCUUUCCCGGGGGAGCAGCAUCUAUGAGUGGAAAACUGGAGGCUGGCUAUGAACUGGUUGCUGUGGAGGGAGAGAGCCUGCAGAAUGUAACACACCAGCGAGCUGUUGAGAUCAUCCGCCAGGCCUAUCGCAACAAAGCCAAGGAGCCCAUGGAGAUUGUGGUGAAGGUGCCGAAGGAAACAAAGUAA